AUUCGUUUCUUUCUUCCAAACUCUUUCGCGGAAAAUGGAAAUGAAAUUGAAAUUGAAGAAAUCCCUAAAACCCUAAAAAACCUUCUCCACUCUCCACUGUUAGGGGACCGAGUUUCCGACGAAACAGCAAAAUGGCUACACUUCAAUUGACUAACCCAAACGAAUUGAUCACUUCUUCUUCAAUUUACCAGAAGAAGGUUUCGCAUUCUUUAUUUAGGAAUUGUUCAUGUGUUGAUAGCAGUAGCGGGAAGAGGAGCACUGGGGUCUGGAACCGACGCAGUUUUGGGUCUAGCUCGGGAGGUGUGAGGUGUUCUUUUGUGCCGAUGGAGUCCGCCAAGAUUAAGGUGGUUGGAGUUGGCGGUGGUGGGAACAAUGCCGUUAAUCGCAUGAUUUCUAGUGGUUUGCAGGGGGUGGAUUUCUAUGCCAUAAACACAGAUGCCCAAGCUUUAUUACAGUCCACUGCGGAGAACCCACUUCAAAUUGGAGAGCUUUUGACUCGUGGAUUAGGUACUGGUGGGAAUCCGCUAUUGGGGGAACAAGCUGCUGAGGAAUCAAAAGAAGGCAUUUCAAAUGCCCUUAAGGGCUCAGAUCUUGUUUUCAUAACUGCUGGUAUGGGCGGAGGUACAGGGUCAGGUGCUGCCCCAGUUGUUGCUCAGAUAGCGAAAGAAGCCGGUUAUCUGACAGUCGGUGUUGUUACUUACCCUUUCAGCUUUGAAGGACGCAAAAGAUCUAUACAGGCACUGGAGGCUAUUGAAAAAUUGCAAAAGAAUGUUGAUACUCUGAUAGUGAUUCCUAAUGACCGUCUACUUGAUAUAGCUGAUGAGCAGACACCUCUUCAGGAUGCUUUUCUUCUUGCAGAUGAUGUUUUACGCCAAGGAGUGCAAGGAAUUUCCGACAUAAUCACAAUACCUGGGCUGGUAAAUGUGGAUUUUGCUGAUGUUAAGGCAGUCAUGAAAGAUUCUGGGACUGCAAUGCUUGGAGUAGGGGUUUCUUCCAGCAAAAACCGGGCAGAAGAAGCAGCUGAACAAGCAACAUUGGCCCCGUUGAUUGGAUCAUCAAUCCAGUCAGCUACCGGAGUGGUAUAUAACAUUACGGGAGGGAAAGACAUAACCUUGCAGGAAGUAAAUAGAGUAUCACAGGUUGUAACAAGCUUGGCAGAUCCUUCUGCAAACAUAAUAUUUGGAGCUGUUGUAGAUGACCGGUAUAAUGGAGAGAUUCAUGUAACAAUCAUUGCAACCGGCUUCUCACAGUCAUUUCAAAAGACACUUCUAAUGGACCCGAAAGCAGCAAAACUGGUUGAUAAAGUGGCAGGCAGCCAAGAAAGUAAAGGAAUUCCCAUCACCUUAAAGUCCUCAGCAUCACCCUCAACUGUUCCCUCUAGACCGGCCGGCAGGAGACUGUUCUUCUAAGGUCUAGCUUGUCUAAUUUUUUACUUCUAAUCCAAUCUGUGACUGUUCCUUCUUGCUAUGUAAUAUGAUCUUUUGAGGCUACAUAUAUCAGAAAUGAUUUGUUUCUA